UAUAACCACAUGCUAUCAUAUUCAUAUUUGUUUCGUUCAUUACCUCAAUAAUGUUUGGGAAUUCUCUAAAUAUAGUCUAAAAGGGUAAACUAGUAAUUGAAGAAUAUAGAUUUAGAAACUUGUUGGCCAAGUUUUCGCUUUAAUCGUACGUACACUCUCUCUCUCUUACCUAUAACUGUAAAUCCCUAAAACCGCCAUUGAAACAAACCUUCACCAUUUCUCCUUUUUCCCCAAGCAACCUUCUUCUUCUUCUCUCUCUCUCUCUCUCUGUUUCUCUUUCUUUCUAAUGGCGGCACAAGUCGAGAUCGACGAUCAAGAAUCCGUGACGAGACAAGACAACGGCGAAAUCUUCAACCCCGUCUCCGAUGAUAACGCCGUACCUAACUUCUCCGGCGAUUCAACGAUUCUUCUAAGUGAAGACAGCUUCGAGAACGAUCUCAUCAAGAACUGUUUCCUCUCGGGAAUGGGUUCUUUCUCCGGGGAAACAACGAUCGUUUCCGUGCGUAAGAACUCGACGGAGAGAAGAAUCACGACGAAAGCUAAGUUCGCAGCGUUUAAAGUUUUCACCGAAGCUUUGACGAGGAAGAACGAAGGAGUCGCGAACGUUAAGUACGGAUGGUACUCUGGUUCUAAAGAAGAGAUCGAUCGUAUCGUUACGUAUGGUUUUAGUAACAGAGAGAUCGAGAAGUUUGAGAAUGACGCUGGAUCUCACGGUGUUGGGAUUCAUCUUGUUCAUCAUAGAUACUCUCUCGCUGCGGCUUUAGUUGGUGAAGGUGAUGAAGAAGGGACGAAGCAUGUUCUCUUGUGCCGUGUGAUUCUUGGUAAACCGGAACAAAUCGUGGCUGGUUCUAAGCAAUUUCAACCAAGCUCGUACCGGUUUGAUUCUGGUGUUGAUAAUCUUGAGAAUCCGAGGAAAUAUGUGAUUUGGAGCUCUAACAUGAAUUCCCACAUUCUUCCCACUUAUAUCGUCAGUUUCAAGUCUCCUCGUCUCAGAGGUCUUAUUAGAAGAGCAAGGUCACCAUGUGUUAGCUUCUCUGUUCUUAUGUCUAUACUUUCAAAGUCACUCGACGCUACAAGAAUGAACAUGAUCUUGACAACUUAUGAUGAUUUUAGAAAACGGAAGCUGAGAAGAGAGCAGCUAGUUAAGAAGAUGAGGGAAGUGGUUGGAGAUCAUCUUCUUUUCAAGAUUCUCAAGAACCAGAGGCGUUAGAAAGAAAGGACAAAAAAAAGUAGAAAGAAGAAAUUGACGUUUACAGAUUUUACCACAAGUAGCCAAAGUUUAACAGGAGCUGAGGACAUAAUGGAGUAGGUUCGAAACAACAAGAAACAACACAUUCACACAUUAGUAGUAUAUAGAAGAAGAUAUAUAGAUUGCAGUAAUGAAAAACACACUUUCUUUGUUUUUUACCUUUUCUUGUUUGUUUUUUACUCGUUAGCUUGUGAUCAACCAGAUUUGACAAUUAGUAAUACAAAGACACUUGGUAAAAAUCCCCGAUAUGCCUAUUGUGUCACUUCCGUUGCUUCUUGGUCUCUGAUAUGACAUUUAAGAGGGAUGAACUAAUAUAGAUUUUAUUUAUGUAAAAAACCUGAAAAAGAGUUAAUUUGUGCGAAUUAUUAUAUAUAAAUAUUGAAUUACAUUAAAGAA